UCUCGAAUCCAGGGCCCCAGAGACGCAACAGUGUGGGGUUAUUGCCCCCUAUGAUGUCUGAAAGUGCUACAGAGCUAAGGAUUGUGCUGCUCGGCAAGAAUGGCUCUGAGAAGAGUGCUGUUGGAAACUUCAUCCUGGAAAGAGGGGCAUUUGACCCCAACUAUGUACAAAACCGCUGUGAGAGAGCCAGGGGUCAAGUAGACGGAAGAGGCAUAGCUGUGAUCAACACUCCAGACCUGUUAGACCCUCACAUCUCACAUGACAAACAAUCAGAGGAACUGCGUUGGUGUGUCACUCUGUCUGACCCAGGACCUCAUGUGUUCCUGUUGGUCCUGCAGCCUGAGGAGUUCACACAAGAAGAGGGAAACAGAAUCAGGCAAAUCCUAGACAACCUCAGUGAACGGUCCUUUGACUACUCAAUGGUACUGACAACUCAUGAAGACAGGAGGGGACACAUGCAUGAUGAUCACCCUCUGAAUCAGAUGGUCAGAGAAUGUAGAGGGAGGCAGUACGUCAUGCACCUCAGUGACCGCGCUCAACUUAUGGCAGAUGUUGACAAGAUUGUAAAGGAGAAUGGAGGAGGCUAUCUCACCUGUGAGCUAUUUGAAGAUACUACAAGUGACAUGGGACAAGGGAAAGAGGAAAUCCACAGGAGUAAAACUGAUUGGAGCCUCAAAUCUUCCUCUGAGGAAGAACUUGGAAAGGAUGUUUUGAAACAAGGUGAAUCAGCACAAUUUGGCAAUUGGCAGAACGUUAGAGAAGUUGGUUUGACAUUGAUUAAGGAAAAGGUUUGGGAGCAAUCACACAGUGGAGCAAAAUGUGUGUCUUCACUCAGGAUUGUGCUUCUGGGGAAGAGUGAUAACAAGAAGAAUGUAGUGAGGAACAUGAUCCUACAGAAACAGGCUUUUAAGUCUAAUUUCUUCAACCCCAAACAGCAAUGUGAGUCAGCCAGGGGGAAGGUGGAGGGCAAGUCUGUAACUGUAGUAAAGACUACCAACUUCCUUUCUCUGCCUUCGGAGUCCCUAAUGCAGGAGAUAGAGAAAUGUAAGUCCCUCUCUGCCCCUGGGCCUCAUGGGAUCCUGCUGGUGUUGAAGCCUGAGGAGUUCACAGAGGAGAACAGAAAAACAUUGACGUUCAUCCUGAGCAAAUUUGGUAAAGAGGCCUUCAAGCACUCAAUGGUGAUCAUUACUCACAAGGAAGUUGCAGAAAAUCCUCAUCUGAGUCAAAUGAUUAAAGAAUGUGGAGGAAGGCUUCAUGAAAUGUACACACGAGGAAGAGACCACGAAGAGUUAACUGAAAAGAUAGAAAAGAUGGUAGAGGAGAAUGAAUGGAGAUACCUCAACUCCAAUGAAGAGACGACACGUGAUACCAUGACACCAAAGGCUCAGAGACUGAACGUGGUGCUGUGUGGCAGAAGAGGAGCUGGGAAGACUUCUAUAGCCAAUGCCAUACUGGGUCAGACAGAGUCCAGUCCAAAGUCCAGCUCCUCCUCAGUGUGUGUGAAGAGAGAAGGAGAGGUGUGUGGUCGGCCGGUCACCCUCAUCGAGCUGCCUGCUCUGUAUGGAACACAUCUCACUCAGGAGGAAGUGAUGCGUGAGACUUUCCACUGUGUCUCUCUCUGUGACUCUGGAGUCCAUGCUUUCCUCCUGGUCAUACCUUUUGGUCCACUCACUGAUGAAGACAAAGGAGAGUUCGAGACCAUCCAGAAGAUUCUCAGCUCACGAGUCAAUGACUUUGCCAUGGUCCUGUUUAGACAGGAUUACAUUCCAGUUGAUAAAACUGCAGUUGACUUUGUGGAAGAAAAUGCAGACACAAAGCAAUUGAUCAAGAUAUGCGGAGGGCGGUAUAAAAUCUUUGAUGCUUUGAAGAAUGAGAACGCCAAGCAGACGACAGAGCUUGUAGCAGAAAUAGUCCAAAUGAUGGAUCAAAACAAGACAUGCUACACUCUAUACAUGUAUAUGGAGGCACAGGACUUGAGGCUGGAGGCUAAGCAUCAAUCAGAACUGGACGAAAAGAACAGAAGAAUCAAGGAUUUAGAACAGAAAAUCAGCAACAUGUCACAAGGUGCUGAAAUGGAGUGCUCCAGCACAGAGUGCGUGAGGGUGGUGCUGAUUGGGAAAACUGGGAAUGGGAAGAGCGCCUCCGCAAACACUAUCCUGGGCAGAAAGGAAUUUGAGUCUAAAAUCAGCAGUAAUUCUACGACAACAGUUUGCAAGAAGGCAGUCGGUAAAGUUGAUGGAAGAACAGUUGCUGUGGUGGACACACCUGGCCUUUUUGACACAACAUUGUCUAAUAAAGAUGUUCAGCAAGAGAUAGUGAAAUGUGUUUCCCUGUCAGCUCCUGGACCCCAUGUGUUUAUCAUAGUGUUAAGAAUUGGGACAAUGACACAAGAGGAGCUGGACACUUUGGACCUCAUAGAGACAACCUUUGGUCCACAGGCAGGAAUGUUUUGCUUAGUUCUGUUUACUAGAGGAGAUGACUUGGAAACAAUGUCGAUUCAAGAUUACAUUGAGGAAAGCAAGAAUGCCAAACUGAAAAAACUGAUCAGAGAUUGUGGAGACAGACUCCAUGUCUUCAAAAACAAAGUGGAAGAUGACCGCACACUGGUCACUGAGCUUCUUAAGAAGAUGAAUGAAAUGGUGUCCAUGAACAAGGGCAGUUUCUACACCAAUGAGAUGUUCCAGGAGGCAGAGGCAGCCAUUAAACAGAAACAGGAAGAAAUACUGAAGGAGAGAGAGAUGGAGAUUAAGGCUGACAUGGAGAAACUGAAGGUCAGCCAUGAAACAGCCAUGGAAAAGAUGAAGUCAAAGUUGGAAGAAGAGAGAUUGAAAGUUCAGGAGGAAAGACAGCGGAGAGAAAACAUGUUGAGAGAGCGAGAGGAAGCUAUUAGAAAAGAGCAUGACGAAAAGGAGAAAGCAGAGAAGGAAGAAAGAGAGUUGAAAGACAAGAAAAAGAAAGAAGAUGAGAAGUUGAAAAAAGAAAUCUGGGACACAGAAAAAGAGAAGAUGGAAAAAGAGAUACAAUCUCAGAAAAAAGAGUUGGAAAAACAACAAAGAGAAAAGGAGAGAGAAUAUAAAAUGAGAAUGGAACAACAGAGAAAAGAAGAGAAAGACAAAGAAGAAUUGGUUAAAAAUCAAGAAAGGCAGUUUGCAAAACUGAAAAGGAAACAGGAUGAAGAAAUGGAAAGGAGAGAGAAAGAAGAGGAUGAGAGGAGGAAACAUGAAGAGAAAGAAAGACAAGAGUGGCAAAGCAAAAUAGAGGAAGCAGAGAAAGGUCAAACAGAACUCCAAGAGGUCAUGCGUAGAGAAAAAGAGGAAUGGGAGGAACAGUUGAAGAAAGAAAGAGACAGACAACAGGAAGAAGAAAGGCUGAGGAGACAGAAGGAGGUAGAAACUAUUGGAGAACAAGAGGAAAAACAGAGGAGAUUGAGAGAGGAGUUUGAAAGAGAGAGGGAACAAGAGAGAAUAAAGAUGAAGGAAUCAGAAGAGAAGAGGAGAGAAAUAGAGUGGAAAGAAAGAGACCGAAUAGAAAAAGACUUUGAAGAAAAGAGGAGAGAGUUGACAGACAAAAUGAAAAUGCAGCAAGAUCAGUGGGAGAAAGAACGUAGUGAGGAACAGGAAAGAAGAUUUUAUGAGGAGGUAAAUCGAAGAGAGGAGGAGAGACUAAGACUAAGAAAACUGGAGGAAAAAUUUCAACAAGAACGUGAAGAAGAGAACAUGAGGAAAGAAAAGGAAGAAAAAGUCAGGAAAGAAAAAGAAGAGAAGAAAAUGAAGGAAAUGGAGGAAGAGUAUGAAAGGAAAACAAAAGAAAUGAUGGAUAAAUAUGAACAAGAGGCCAGAAAACAUGCAGAGGAAAAGAAUAACUUUAAAGAGAAAUAUGAAAAUGACAUCCAAAAAUUAUUGGAUCAACAUGAAGAAGAGAAGAAGAAACUAAUGCAAAAGCACAAAGAGGAGUAUGAUCUUUUAAAUGCUCUAUAUGGUAAUGAUAAAACAACACUGACUGGUAAAAUCAAGGAAUUGAAAGAGACGCAUGAGGAAGAGAUAAAGCAACUGUACAGAUGUGUUGUACAGUGAGAAUUUGAGCCCUAUUUGAAUGGGACUGGUAUAAUUAGGCAAUAAGGCCCGAAUUGUCCAAAACUCCAUUUAUGGUUUCUGAACCUAUUUGUUGGAACUGUUUAUUACCCUUGUUCAAAGCCCUUUCCUUUCCUUGGACAGAUCAGACGGGCCAUGACUCAUGAAAGUAAAGAUGUUGCUGGAUUGUUGAUGUCAUUUUUUAUCAACGUGCCAGGGUGUCAUUUUCCGAAAAGUCUGAAAUUAUUUAACCGUCUCCAUUCAAGAUCACUGUCAAUUACACUAAAUACUAAUACCCACAAUAUACACGUGAUAAAGCAGCAGUCCGGAACAGAAAAGUGCUUCAUUUUUUUAAAUUACAAAAUGAUAGACCAGCACAUCUACAGAAAACAAUGUAAUCUUUACAUGAAGCGUUAGCAAAGUAUAUUGAAGGCCUACUAAAGUCAAAUAAAUAAAUGGUGUGCAGUACGUGACGGUGUUGAUACAAAUACACCAUUUAUAAAAUACUCCACUUGUCAUUGAAUCAUGGCCAAGAGGAGACAUGGAAAUUAAUAACAAAACAUAACUAAUAGAAAUGAAUAUGCAUAUUUUCCUUAAAAUAGGGUUUGUACAUCAAACUUGAAUACAAACUGGAUAAUGAUGAGGAAGAGGAGGAGUAUGAUGGUGGUGUAAAAGCCGAGAUAAUGCUCAGUUUUGUUGAGUUCAUAUGUUUCAUGUUUCUAGUAUGUAUGAUCCUAGUAGGUAUGAUCCUAGAUCCUAGUAUGUAUGAUCCUAGUAUGUAUGAUCCUAAUACGUUUAUAUUUGUUGUUUACUGAAUUUAUAUUUUACUUAACAGUACGUUCUAAAUAGUAUUUAGUAUGAUGACAGAUUUCGUACACACCCAUUGCCUUCCAGGCCUGUACUGGCAGCCACUGCCUUGCUUUUAUUUGUUGAUUUCAUAUGUUUAACUUUUAUAUCUGUGACUGUGCUUUAUAUGCU